CGAGGGAGUCGAAUCGAAUUCCCACCGCGGCGAUUCUUCAUCGCCACGUCCGAGAGCGACUGCCGAUUUCCGUGGGCGUCAUGAGAGCGGCGUCGGACGACGACACGGAGGACGUGGCUCUCGAGUUCGGCGACGACGAUGAGGGGGCGCCUGGCCGGGCGAGGCGGCGCGUCGGACACCCGUUGGCGACGUUUUUCCACCUAUUCUUCCGUGUUUCUGCAAUUAUCUUUUACUUAAUUUGCGAGUGGUUCAUCGGCAGUUUCAUUGCCAACUUUGUCAUCAUCAUCUUAUUUCUUUCCUUCGACUUCUGGACUGUGAAGAAUGUCACUGGAAGAUUGAUGGUGGGAUUGCGUUGGUGGAACCAGAUCGAUGAAGAUGGAAAGGGCCACUGGGUGUUUGAAGCCAGAAAGGCGUCUUCACGAAACAAACUUAACUCGACAGAAGCAGAAGCCAGAAUAUUUUGGUUGGGCCUGAUCAUCACUCCUCUCAUCUGGUCCAUAUUCUUCUUCAGCACACUCUUUUCUCUAAAGCUGAGGUGGAUGGCAUUGGUGAUACUUGGAGUGGUCCUACAGGGAGCCAACUUGUAUGGCUAUGUGCGCUGUAAACUUGGAGGCAAGCGCAAUUUGACCACCUUAGCUUCUACAUACCUAGGCCAGCAAUUUCUACAAAGGCCUGGAGCAUUCAAGGCUGACUCUUACUUCAGUGGUGGAAAAAGCUGGUAGUGCAUCUGUAUUCACACCAGCAUAUCAAGGUCAAGAGAUCAACACGGCCAUUGCCGUUUGCCACCAAACCUCGGCUUGCCAGUAAUAUUAGUAAAUUUGACGAGGGCUGAGACAGCGCAAAUAGAAUUACCCUUCACUGUUGGUUAGACCAUGAUUAGUGGUGUUUGCCUGUGUGCGCAUGUGUACGUGAUCUUGUACGUACGUUAAAAUCGAUCACAUUUGUGUGCACGCGUGUGCUGUUGUCCAAAUAUGGGCACACUAAAUUUACACGAGACGAAAGGUGAGAGAUUUUGACACAACCCAUCAGCCCCACGGCCUUACAGGAGUAUGUAUGUGCACUAGAUAUAAAGGAUUACGCCACAAAAACAAUUGCCGCUGCCAAACUCCCAUUUGACGAGAUGACUGUACUUUACAGUCUUAAUGGACCGAACACCGAAAACAAAAAUCUGAGUGCUUACCUUAAAUCCAGUUAUCUGUGGAAAAUUACAGAUAACUGAUGGCAUUUCGGUGGACAGUUUUUCUUAUUUUCAGAUGGAAUUUAAGGUAUUUUACCCCAUCUAAUUGAGGCUGUAGAUACCCAAAGACAAUGCCGAGUCUGCAAGCAAAUAUUGUCUUGCACUGGGCUAUUUUGUGAAGAAAGUGCAUGGUGUGCAGGUGCUGUGUUGCACACAGUUCACCGGACAUCAUAGAAAACAGAAACAUCUUGCAGAUUAGUUUUUAUCCUGGAAAAUAAUAUCUCCUGGCCAAGUUGGCCUUGAGAAAAAGUGGCAUUGCUCAAUUGACUUACUUGGCAAAAAUGCUUCUGAACUUUUUGAUCUUAAAAAUGGAUAACGCCUUGUCUCUUCGCAACCUUCCUCACAUCUCUAAAUUCGCAGAUAAUUGGAAGUACUUAUCGGUGGAUAACGAGAUGUUAUCCACACGCUUUAUAACAGCCUGUCACGAAUAAAUAACGGUUUCGCUAAUUCGGAUAUGGAUGGCAAGGGUUUAAUGAUGAUUUACAACUUUAAUGAGUGCGGCUUUAACGUUACAGCUUAUUCGACGAGCUACGCGUGAGAGGAGGCGCCUCGUGUUUUGAAUCGAUCAGCACAUUUUGUCAAUGGGAAAUAUUUAAUUAUAUUCCAAAUGUGAUUGCUUUUUGCGCACAGCCAUAAUGCUGCGUUGUUAAAAGUAAUUGUAAAUCUGUAGGUUUUGGGAAGUAAACUAAAUGAUGGUGUAUUCUAAGCAUAUUGAUUAGUUGAGUAAUAAAAAAAAAUGUAAUAGUGUGUAGUUAUGCAAAUUUCUGGGUGUGCUUUGUUUUUCGCUUUAAAGAUGGCUGCUGUUGGCGAGUUAGAAUCAGAAUGUUUAUUUGCACUGGUCCAGUAGGGGUGGGUAGAUGUCCAGUUGGGGUGGGUAACAACGUGACGACAAGAAACAGUACAAAAACAUAGUAAUGCAAAGUACAAGAAAGGUAAACAAGUCGCCAAAGCACAAAUAAAACUAAACAAUCCCCAUCCUACCAGACAAAGCGCACUCAGGUAUUAACUUAUUGAUCAAAAGCGACCUGGCCGCAAAUGAUGGCUUAACAAAGUGGCUUAUGUGGACAUUUAUAGCAGCAAAAUAAUCUAGCGUUAACGCACGUUUCUAAAUGUGGAGGGAAAAACCGGAGGACCCGGAGAAAAAACAUCCACGCGACCAUGAGAUGAACGUGCACACUCCAAAUCUAUAGACGCCAGGGUUGGGAUUGAACCCCCCCCCAACCUCCUGCAUACCAGGCGAGGAAGAUGACAUCUCACCACCGUGGCACCCCUGAAAUCGGGGCAGGAUUUUCUGACGUUUGCUGGCAACUUGCACGGUCACAUGAAGCUGCUUGUAUUAUAAUAGUUGUUUUGCUUCUUCGGACCAAUUAAGUAAACGUGAAUGUGAUCACUACAAUUCAGUAUUGCCGAAUUCUCAUGUGCUGCUUUACCCCAAAGUAAGACGCAGCAUGAAAGUAAAAAUGUGGCCAUGUGAUCGUACUGUGAUGUACAAACUAAAACGGUACAUUCACACCAUUGUCACCCGGUUACUGUCACGUGAGAUUUUAUUUUCCUUAUCCAAUUUGGAAUGCCUCCUUUCAUUGAGAAGUCGCGCUAAUUGUUGUGGUAUACCAGCUGGUAAUUAGAUGAGAAGGUAGAUGGUGACUUCACUGCUCCCUCGUGUUAUGGAAAUGUGGCUGAAUAAGCUGCACGUCUAAAAUUAACUUGUGCAGGAAAUAUAUUCAUUGAAAAAAAACUGGUUAUAUGGUUGCCUUUUUAUUUUCUUUAUUUAAAUAAACAGUAUCACGGCUAGAAAAGCAUGGCAAUUCAUUUAAUGAGCUGAACUGUAGUAUGAAUGUAGUGUUAUAUUUUUAACAAUCUAAUCGUGGCGGGGCUUUGACAUGUACGAGGAUGAGUCACGUUUCUCGGUUUAAAUUCAGCAGCAAAAUCUCGCUGUGGAACGUCUUAAACACAUGGACUUACCUCCAUGGGGAUAACACGUUUGAUGUAUAUUAUUAAAAGACUUGUCUUGAA